CACAUACCACCCCUUUUGGUAGCCCUCGAAGGCUACCCCUUCCUACUCCCCUUCCUCCAUCAAAAAAGAGUAUACCGGGCGCAACAAGAGAAAACCAAAUAAUUUUGAUCAUUUCCGUGGCAUGCAGAUUAUGUAAAAUUAUCUCGCCUACGUUGUCAUUUUUUUUUGUCCUUGCCACCUCUUUUAAAAAGCAUACAUGUUCAAUAAAAUCAAAGCAGUAGGAGCACUCUUUUGCCACAGCUAAUGGUUAAUGGAUGCCAUCUACAUAGACAGAAUUGUAAAAAAAAAAAUGAAAAGUGCCUCAUGUAAUUUGCGUCACAAGUUGCCAAUGUUACCACUCCCGUAAUUAAAAGCAUUCACCACGAACGUAAUGGAGCACAUCAGCCAUUGACAAGGUGCGCGUCCCUUGGGAAGAAGAGGGUAGGCUUAUCGGGGAAGUCGCAGCAAAAGCGUCAGAGAGAGAAAAAAGGGAGCAAAUUAUUAUUGCGUUAUUAUGAUGGAUUAAAUUAAGUUCAUCAAGGACGGAAAUAUAGAGGACGGAUAAAGGGGGAAAUGAUAACCGCGACUAAACCUCGUCAGACAGAAAAAAGUGCGUCGCAGUGAAUGGCCUUGGAGUUUGACAUAUCAUGUUCCCUUUGUUGGUCGUAUUUAUAGCGAAAGAGAGCUGCCCCUGCGCUUGAUGCGAUAACAGAAGGUAGUGAAUUAUACAGUCAGAACAAACAUCCCGAUAUAAAGAGACAGAGAGUGAUAGACGCCGAGGGAGUCGUGAAGUGAUAUAGUAUAUUCUGAAUUUAUCAUGAUUCAGAAACUCAAUACAACACAUAAAGGAAGAAUAUAUACAACACAACCAGCAAUAGGAUGCAUUCUAAUUUUUCAUGAGAUUGACAGUUUGAAUGGGAGUCUCGACUGUACUGCAAGUUUUCCCAACAAAAGCUCCGUCCUUAAAGUUUAAUUCAUAUUUCAAAGCAAAGAGAACACCUGAAAGUGAUUUAGUGUAACGUAUCGUACGAACAUCAGUAAGCAUGCUGCAGCAUUUCAUCUUCACAGUUAUGAUCCUGACCCACCACGUGUUAUUCAAACACGCUGUGUUAGGUGAGCCAAACCGGUACGCAAUAAUACCCGGCGACGUUUUGAUCGGUGCAAUAUUUCCCGUCCACGCCUCGGCCAGUAACCCGGAUUCCACGCAACACUCCUCUCACUGCGGCCACAUCCAGGAGCAGGACGGAAUCCAGCCUUUAGAAGCGUUGAUGUACACGGUAGACAAAAUCAACAGUGAUUCCUCAUUCCUCCCGGGGUUUAGCCUUGGCGCCGUCUCCCUCGACAGCUGCGACAAUACCGCAUACGCGCUGGAACAGUCGGUGGAGUUCGUCAAACUCCUGGUGGCCAGGAUAAGCGGGGAUGACGGGCUGUCGUACACGUGCCCGAACGGGACCAAACCCAAGCUUGUCCCAGGGUCGGUGGACUUCCACAAGAUGGUUGGCGUAGUGGGAGGGGCGUCAAGUACAGUGUCUAUAUAUGUGGCUAAUUUGCUGCAGUUAUUCAAGGUGCCACAGAUCAGCUACCUGUCCACCAGCCCCGACCUCAGCAACAAGGAGAGGUUCCCAUAUUUCCAGAGGACGGUGCCGUCUGACCUGAACCAGGCCCAGGCCAUUGUGGAGCUCCUGAAGCAGAAUCAAUGGACGUACAUCUCGGCGGUGUACGUGGACUCCAACUAUGGACUGAAGGGGUUCAGUGAGCUGGAAAAGAGAGCCGAAAAGGCCGAGAUAUGCUUUGCCCUGCGGCUCAAGGUACCGGUGGAUCCUAAUGCGGGGAAUUACAGGGAUGUUGUGGAGGCGUUGUUUGAGAAACAAGAAGCGCGAGUGGUUGUUCUCUACCUCGACACUCCCCAGGCAAGAGCGCUUUUCGCGGCCGUAAACAGUACACUGAACGGGAAACGGCAACGCCGCAACAAGCUGAUAUGGAUUGGCAGUGACGCCUGGAGCGCCCGCCAGAGUGUGGUAGAGGAGCUGGAACACGUGGCCGAGGACGCAAUCACUGUACAACCUCUGGCGGAGGUAUUACCGGGAUUUGAUGAGUAUUUUACCAGGUAG